CGCCCGCAACUGGUCGCAGGUGCGCUCCUGGACCGCGUCCUCUGCCUCGAGGUAGGCGCGGCGGCCUCGAGCACAGCUGGGCGCAGCACGCAGGAGGGGCAGCGGCUGCGCGCUCGGGUGCGCUCGAGGCCCGUGAGCUUCGUAGAGGCAUUCGCCGCCGCAGGAGAGCUGCCGCGCGCCCUCUCGGACGGUGGCGACUGGCGCCUGGCCCCCGCGGAGCCGCACCUGGCAGCCGGCGGCGUCGGCAGCGGGGUCCCCGCGCCAGCGAUCACGAGGCACCUCUGGCAUGCGGCCACGUGCAGGGAGGCACCACCACAGCUGUCCUGGUCUGCGGCCUCCUUCGCCACCUACGCCGACGCCUGCGGCGAUCACUUCCGUGGCCUCGCCGCCCACGAGGUGCUGCCGCUGGGCGCGCUGCUCGCAGGGCUGCUUCGGGGUGCUGGGCCGCGCGGGCGACCGCUGCGGUUGUGGACGCCCUGCCCGCAAUUCGAGGCGCGGCCCACAGACCACUGCACCUUGCUCCUGCGCGCGCCGGCGGCGCUGGCCACGAGCCUCGCCGCCGAGCAGCACCGGCGCCCAGCGCAGCCCACCCCGCAAGCACAGGACCUCUCCGCCGCGGCCCUCCUGGCGCAGAGGUACCUGGAGCCUCCGCCGCUGUGGCGGCCGCCAGGCGCCGAGUGCGUCUGCCCCCUGCACACCGCGCUGCCCAUGCAGUGGCUCGGGCUCGGCUCCACGCAGCUGCAGGUGCGCGUGUUCGCAGCCAUCCGGCAGGGCACCGCCGGGCGCACAGUGCGGGAUAGCGCCGGCUGCGGCAGGGUCGGUGUGCUGGGUGCCGCUGGCAGCGAGUGGCGGGGGCCGUUGCCAGCGGACGAGCCGCUGGAGCAGACCGACGAGUGGGGAGCCGCCCUGGCGCCCAACUUCGCCCUCGCGCUCGACGGCGGCGUCAUCCGCGAGGUGCCCUGGGAGCACCUCGACAGCCCAGUUCCCGCCUUCCCCGUCGGCGAGUGGGUGCAUCUGGCCUUGCGCUCCAACCUGGAGAACCUGCACGUGUGGAUGGGCCAGCAGAUCGUGCUCGAGAGCGAGCACGGAGCCUGGCUGCCCAUCGCGCACAGGUCCGCCGGCCUGUUUCUGGGGCCCACGCGCGGCCUGGAGGUCACCGAGGUGCGCGUCUGGGGCACCUUCCGCACCGACGUGCACCUGGCGCAGCACCAGCGGCAGCCUCUGCACUCGCUGCUGGCCGUGGAGAGGCGGGCCGACGACUGGAAGAAGGUCCGCAUCCGCAGCCCAGGUGCCGCGCCCGCCGCGGCCGCCGACGGCCGCGCCGUCGGCGGCGGCUUGUGGGGCCUGGCGCAGCUGCUGGGCCCCGUGGACGGACGCCGCGGCGCCUCGACCGAGCCGUCCCCGGCUCCCAGGCCGCGCGCGCCACGCCAGCGACCCGGCAGCGCCCUGCCUGCUGGCGCCGCAGCGCCCGCGGCAGGCUCAGAGGUCGUGUUCCCCGAGAUCGGCGCCCCGCCCCCGGAUGCCUGGACGGGCCCGUGGGGCGCUCGGGCGCCUGCGAAGCAGCUCCCCUCCAGCCUGCCAGCGACCGCCACCGUUCCACGGGCCGCGCCAGAAGCCUGGAGCCUGGCAGAGCCGUCCCCGCCCGAUCCCGCGGCGACCCCGCAGGGCCUCGCAGAGCCUGCAGGCGGGCAACCCUCAUCAGAGGCAACCGCGGAGCCUGCAGUGGCCGGGGGCGGGGAGGAGGCAGCCACCGCAGGCGCCAGGCCUGGAGACGAAGGUGUCAGCAGGAGGGCGGCCACACAGGGCGCAGCUGAGGAGCAGCCAGCCUCAGCACCCCUACAGCCGCCGGCUGAUACGGUGAGGGCGGGGCUGCCGGUCGCUUCGGGGCGCGGCGUGGGGCUUGCGGGCACCUCUCCCCCGCAAGCCGACGACGGAGGCGAGCGCCCGCCACUGGACACCGCUGGGGCCCGCGAGGCCGCGGCAGAGUGCGAGCUGGCUGCCCGCGCCCUCGAGCGGCAGCGGCAAGAGCCGCCGGCGUCCGCGCAGCAGCCGCCGCCCAGGGCAGAGACGCACGGCGGCGCUGCGCCGGAGCGCGGGGCGCCAGCGGAGGCGCCAGCCGCUGCGCUGGACGCGCGCAGAGCUCGGGCCACGGCGGCCUUCCUGCCCGGGCUCCAGGAGGUCCUGCCCGAGCCCUCGCCGGCCGAGCGCGCCGCGGUGGCCGACGCGGACGCGUCCCUGCGCGUGGCGGUCCGAGCUCUGGAGAGGCGCUCCUACGCGUUCGCGGCGGCCGCCUUCCGCGCAGCGCUGGAGAAGCUCGCCCGCGGCCUGCCCACGGGCACCGAGGCGGGCGUGACGCCCGCGGCGCGGGCGCGCUUCGAGGCUGCCUCGUCGUACGGCGCCCUCUGCAGCCUCAUGCUCAGGCAGCAGGGCGCGCAGCCGCUGGCCGCCCCAGGCGCCGCAGAGCUCAUCGAGUGCUGGGCAUGCGCGUUGAGAUUGACCAAAGCCCCACGCCACACGGUGAUGUUCGCGGUUCAGGCGAUGGCCAGUCUCUUCGCACACGCGCGGGCGGCGGGCGGUUGCACGGCGGCCGGGCAGGUUGCCGCGCUGCUCUUGAGGCGAUACCGUGACGCACUCAGCGAGGCUGAGCUGGAGCAGGCGCAGUACGUGCGCGUGGCCGCGGUCACUGGGGGAGUGGCGCGCGGCGCGCCCGGAGGGCACGGGGGUGCAGGGCCAUGUCCUCGCUGCGGCUGCCCCCUGACGCUGCUGGCACCCGCUUGCGGUGACUGUGGCGCAGAAGUCGCUGUCUGCUACCGCCGCCUGCGCCUGUGCGACUCCUCCCUCGCCACUGUGUGCAGCCUGUGCGCUGCCGUCGCCGGCGGCGGCGAUGACGUCGCGCCGCAGGCCAGGCGCCGCAGCGGCGGCGGCGUGGAACGCUCCGUGAGGGCGAGCAUCUGCACCUUCUGUGGCGUUGGCGAACUGCGACGUCCGCUCCUCGGAGACCCCUGGUGA